UCAAGAUGGAGUUUGUGUAUUCUGCAUAUGAUGUAGAAAAGUGUGUUCAGUGGAUCCAGACGAAUACGUUAAAACAGGUAUGUCUACAAUUUCCAGAUAGUUUAUUACCAGAUUCUAUAGAAGUUGCACUACAUUUGGAAAAAAGUAUAGGACAGAAAGUAUAUAUCUUAGGGGAUACAACUUGUGGUAGCUGUUGCGUUGAUGAAAUUGCAGCUCAACAUAUUAAUGCAGAUGAACAUGUAUAUGAUAUAUUGAAACCUGUAUACAAACAUUUAAUUUUGUCUAAAUUAAAUUGUAUAUCAAACAUCGAAUAUAUUGAUGCAAAAACAACCAGUGCCUCAACUGUCUUAGGCAGAAACUAUACAUUAGAAAAUGGAUAUAACAUACAGGAUUACGAAGGGUUUUUUUUGGGAGAGGAAGGAAAAACUUUCUCAAUAUUAGCAAUGAGUAUACCUGUUAAAAGAUGGUAUUCUUUUGCAAAUCGUAAAAUUCGUGAAUUUGAAGCACUGAAUACACCCUGGCUAAGACGAAGAAGGUUUUUAGUAGAGAAGUUGAAGGAUGCCAAAGUUGUGGGAAUUGUAGUGGCUACAUUAGGCAUUAAAGAAUAUUUGACAGCUAUAAGCACAGUGAAAAAGAUUCUUAAACAAAAAAAUAAGAAAUCUUACAUUCUUAGCGUAGGAAAAAUUAAUCCUGCUAAACUUGCAAAUUUUCCAGAAAUUGAUGCUUUUGUUGUAAUAGCUUGCCCAGAGAACGAAGUAUUUGACUCGAGGGAUUUUUUAAAACCCAUGCUUACGCCAUACGAAGUUGAAUUGGCAUUUAAUACUGCAAGGGAGUUUUGCCUGCAAUAUUUUAUGGACUUUCGGCAGAUAUUGCCUGGUGGCUCUCAUUAUAUCAAUUUUAAGUCAUCAACUGACUCGGACAUUUCCCUUAUUAAUAGCAGUAUCAGAAACUGUGAGGAUGAUACUUCAUGUACAGAUCAAAUGAAUGCUUUGACAAUUCGUUCAUCAGGUACUAUUGCCAUUGGUAAGGCUGGAGCUCAAUAUUUACAAGAGAGAUCCUGGAAGGGUAUUGAACAAAGAUUAGGUGAAGAUCUUGUGCAACCAGCAGAAAUCGGUCGCACGGGAUUAGCAUGGGAGUAUACCAAUGAAUCUUUAAAAAUAAAUAAACAUAAUAUAUAAAUGGAAUAAAUAUAAUAUUUCUAAAAAUGUGCUAAAAAA